AUGAACAAACUGCUCUUCCUCGGCGUGACUUACUUCUGGCCUCCAACACUAGCCAAACUGUCUCUGAUAGUCCUCUACCACCGCCUCAACCCAACCACUGGCUUCCGCGUGGCGCUCUAUGUCAUCGCCUUCGUCAUCACAACCUACACAAUCGCCUUCACCGCCAUCCUCUCCGGGCCCUGCAACCCGCUCGAAGUCGGCAGCAGCACCUGCCUCAACAACGUCGCGCUCGCGCAGGCCGUGCUGAACAUCUCCACCGAUGGGGUGCUGGUCCUCAUGCCUGUGGUGAUGCUGUGGGGCCUGAACAUGCCGCGGAAGCAGAAGGUUGCCGUUGGUUUUGUCCUCGCGCUUGGGUCAGGAGCAGUUAUAGCCUCAUGCGUCCGCAUUGCCUACGUUCGCGCCAUGAUCAACAACCCUGACGUGUUGUACACGCAGGGCUCGGCCGCGGUCUGGUCCGCGGUGGAGAUCAACAUCGGUAUCCUGUGCAACUGCCUCGCGAUGUUGAAGCCCUUCGUGCGGCGCCACCUGCCUUGGCUGGUUAGCCUCGUGGGGUCCGACGGUUCUUCGUCUUCCGAGGAGGGAAAAGCAAAGGACAGUGCAGUCAGGUUCGGCAGAUUUAGGCGUAGCGGCAGGAAAAGCAGCGGCAGUGGUGCUGGGAGCGGUGGUGCUGUCGGCGCGGGUAAUUAUCAGCUGCACAGCUUUGGGAGGGACAAGGAGGCAUGCAAGUUUGGCGAGGCGGACGGGCGGUCGACUACUGUGACUUCUCGCAGUGACACUCUGAAGACUCCGGAUGACCUUUCGGUUCAGAAGGGCGGGAUUCUGGUCACGAAGAGCACACACAUGACCAUGUGGAGGGCAAGUGACGCUGAUGCUAGCAGUGAAGGGAUCCUGACUGGCAGUGAUGAGGAGGGUGGGAACCAGUACGAGACCUGGAGGAGAAAACAUGAGCAAGGACCUGGGAAGUUGGUGUGA